GGCUGUCGCCACUUGAAUGGCAGUGCCCAACUAUGGGGGAAGGUGGCAAACGUCCAGCAGAGGAAACUCAGGCAGAUGCAGAUGCUGCUGUUGAAACCGCUUUGUCCAAGCCAGACUCGAGACCCAGAAAGCGAAGGAGUGGCUGGGAUGACGUCGGCGAUGGCACUCAGGCAGUGGCGGCCGCCCCCCUGACGGUGCCGAUGUCAGUCCCUCCUGGUGCUGCUGUUGUGGAGUUCAAGGUGGAUCAAGGUGUCGUCGGCUUUCUGAUCGGCAAGGGAGGCGAGACCUUGCGCUCCAUGGAGGUCAGCAGCACUGCCACCAUCAAGAUCGAUCAGAGCUCCAAGGAGAUGGGUUACAGCAUGGUGCGUAUCACUGGCUCGGAGCAGGCGGUGGCCGUGGCCAAAGCCUUGUUAGAUGGCCGCGUCAACGAGAAACGCGCCAAUGCCUCCGGUCAGAGACGAGGCCCUGGGCAUCUGCCCGAUGGAGGAGCACUGGGAGCACCAGCAUAUGGAGGGGCCUCCGAUUCUGGCGCAGUAGGCUGGGAAACGCAAAUCGAGCAGUCUUCUGUGGGUUUCUUCAUCGGCAAACAGGGCGAGUACAUCAAACGAAUACAGGCCCAAACUGGUGCCACUGUGGUCAUAGAUCAAGAGACCAAAGAAUAUGGGUACAGCAUGAUACGCAUUAUGGAUGGGCCAGGCUUGAGAGAAGCCUCAGAAAUGGUAAAGUACAGGCUGGAUCAAGUGAAAGAAGCUGCGGUGCAAAGAGCUCCAGCAGGUGAAUAUGAAGAGAUAUCCAUUCCUCAAGGACAAGUGGGUGCCAUUAUCGGCAAAGGUGGUGAGACUCUUCGGCAGAUCAAGGCUGAAAGUGGAGCAGUCAUAGUGUUGAGCCAAGAGACGAAAGGCCAAGGCUUCAGCACGGUCCGUUUUGCUGGGAAUUUCGCAGAAGUGGCAAAAGCCAAAGAGUUGGUUCAUAUGAGACUUGCUGAGCGCGAACAGGGCCAACAGGGCCAACAGGGCCAUGGCCAGUGCCAGGGUGGCGGCCAUGGCCAAAGCUGGUCCGGAAACUGCGGAGGUUCUGGUUGGUAUGGCGAUGUGAACCCACCUCCACCACCCAGUUCCAAAGGAAAUUGGGGAAAUGGUAAAGGCUGCGGUGACAAUUGGAAUGGCUGUGGCAGCUGUGGCAGUUGUGGCAGUUGCGGUGCCUGCUCGGGUUCGCUUGGCGGUUGUGGAGACAAUGGGUGUCAUGGGUGCGGUCCAGGGACACCUAUUAGUGGCGACUAUGAGCCAAGUCCAGGUUGCGGUUGCCCUGGUUGCAGUGGCUGCACUGGCUGCAGUGCACAGCUAGGACUUCAACCGCAACCUGUGCAGCAACCUGUGCCCAUGCAACAAAUGCAACAGAUGCAACAGAUGCCUAUGCAAACGGGGAUGCAGGGGAUGCAGGGGAUGCAACCUAUGCAGCCGAUGCAACCAAUGGCGCAGCAAUUUUCGCAACCUAUGCAGCAGCCAAUGCAACAGCCCCUGCUGCAGCCAAUGCAACAGCCGAUGCAGCAACCAAUGCAACUGCAACAGCCCCAGUUCCAGCAACCUAUGCAGUUUCAACCACAGCCGUUCCAACAGCAGCCUCUGCAGCAAUCACUUUCGCUUCAAAUGCAGCAACCUGCCAUGCAGCCCAUGCAGCCCAUGCAGCCCAUGCAGCCGGCGAUGCAGCCGGCAAUGCAACCGAUGCAACCGGCGAUGCAACCGGCGAUGCAACCCAUGCAGGCUCUCCCCACGGGAGCCAUGGGCUAUCCACCGGGUCCGGGUCUUCCUCCACAAGCUGUGCAAACUCAAGCAGCUCCUCAAGGUCUGCCAGCUCUGCCAGCCCCUUGGUGAGCAGAUCGUGUGAGGCGAUCGCUGAGUGAAGGCUGUUCCGGGCGAGGAAAA